GUUCGGUCGGCGAUCAGGCAAGUUGUGCAGCAGGUUCUGGUGUCCAUUGACGAUCUGGUCUGGUCGCGAGAUGAAGUCGUCCAUAUGUGUUUUGUUGUGGUGCAUUAUAUUAAUCUCAAGAUGGGCAUCGUCGCAAGAAAUGGAUGAUUGUAUGACAAAAUGUGUAUUGAUUGUGAACUGCCCAGCACUGUUAAAAAUUGCCAAUAGCUCGGAGAUUACAGCACGUCAGCAAAGAUUUUUCACUGCGCAUCUUUGUGGUGAUCAGAAGGUUUGCUGUGAAGAGCCGAAUCCAACAAGUGCUACUACUACUACUAUACCGGAUACCGACUAUAAUGAAUUUCGAACAUUACCAUUGCUGCCGAAUGAAAAUUAUUGUGGUUUGGAUGCUGCAAGCGAACGAAGCAUAAGUGGAGGCAUAACAGAUAUAAAUCAAUAUCGUUGGACGGUAGCAUUGGAUUACAACAACCAAAAGAUAAAAGGAGUUCGUUGUGGAGGUUCCCUGAUCAACAGAAGAUAUGUAUUGACUGCUGCGCAUUGUGUUUACUGGGUGCGAGAAUACGAACUCACUCUUCGCCUAGGCGACUGGGACAUCCAGGAAAAUCCAGAUUGUGACAUGGAUGGAAACUGUAAUGAAGAAGCAAAAUUUGUAAAUGUGAGUCGGAUAAUUAUUCACCCAGAAUAUAAACGAGACCGAACAGGCAGCAAGGUCAACGAUAUUGCCCUCUUAAGGAUGGAAAACGCUCUUCCAGAAAACUACACCAACUACAUUUUACCCAUAUGUAUGCCAACGUCAGUUACGCUCAUGCAGGAUUUAUUUGCUAACAGGAAUGUCAGUACUGUUGGCUGGAGACUGGCCGUACCUGAAACCAGAAAUCGUUACAAAAUGUACUCAGAGAUAAAAACUAUCAGCAAUCACAAGUGCGAAAAAGAGCUGGAGAAACCCAUAAGCGACAGCAAAAUGUGUGCUAAACCCUUAUCGAGCAAAUAUAGUGACGUUUGUGGAAGCGACUCAGGAAGUCCCUUACAAAUUCAAAUAAACGGGACGUACUAUCUCAUUGGAAUUGUCAGCUACGGACCACGUUGCGGCCUAACUCCGCUACCAGCGGUUUACACCAGAGUCACGUCAUACAUGGCAUGGAUAUUGGAGAAUAUCACAGAUUGAUUUCAAUUACUCCAAACUUUAAGCUGUGAAGCUGAGACUGUUUCGAUAUACCAGAAGAAAUAAAACUUCGAUAAAAAUAGAAUUUUAGAAUUUCCCCACUCACAAAUUUCAACAAUUAAUCAAUAUUGGACCUAGAGUAUGAGUAUCCUUCUUGAACGUAUACCGCUAUGUUCACCCUACUUCAAAAACAGACGAUUUAUACAUCGAUUAUGUUCUCUUUGUCAUCAUGCUAUCUAAUUUCUAACAGAACAUAUAAAAAAAUCAAAAAGCACAUGGAAGCUUCAUUUUUAGUAGGAUGGACACUUUGUUGGAGAUGGGUUCCGUCCCUCUACAAUGCUUUAUGCAGGCGAAAUGGAUCCUGUGACUGAGAAAGCUCUCAGUAUAGAACUGCGGAAAUUCCUACUUAUAGAUGUCGUCAUUUUGCUUAUUGUGUUACUUUUUUAUUCUUUGACUGUCCAGGUUUCAUCACCAAUAAGGAAAAGUGGGGUAAGAUGGCAUUUUUCAAACUAUCAUUGUUUUCAAUGAUAAAUAGCCUCAUUUACUAGGCUUUCAAAGUUGCUGUUGACAACAAGACAAUAUUUGCUCGAUACUUCAGCAAAAAUAUUCACUAAACUAAUACAUUUUCAUCUGGUUAUAUAAUACAUUCAAACUGGUUUCGGGCAUUUCUGACUCCCUUUGCCCCUCUGUUCCGCUUU